AUGCCGUUUUUGAGGAAGAUAGCAGGAACUGCACAUACGCACUCUAGGUCUGAUUCGAGCUCAUCAAUCAAAUUUGGUCAUCAGCCGACUAAUUCGCUCGGAUCAACUAAAAGUACAAGCAAAAGUCCCCGAGUAACGUCUCGAAAAAGCAUUUAUGGUGAUAUUAAAAACCAAUUUCCAAAUGCAGCCCCCAAUAGUACUUCCCAGUUGUACGAAACCACACCAGCUACUGAAAAAUCCUUUAAUUGGACUACGGAUGACCACAUCUCAGCAACGACUGUUGAAACCCCGACGAGUGUUACAAGCACAUUUUAUAAAAGUGAAAACAGACCGGGGAGCUUUUCUGAUUCCAGGAAGUCUUCUGGUGGUAAUAGUGUAAAUAGCUUAUCGUUUGAUAAGUUAAUACUAUCGUGGGAUCCUACAGACCCAGACGAAUGGACAAUGAACCGCGUCACUUCAUGGUUUAAAUUUCAUGAUUUCCCGGAAUCCUGGAUAACUUUCUUCAAAAAACAUCAAUUGUCAGGCCAUAGGUUCAUUAAGCUACUUGCAUAUGAGAAUUUUGCUGUUUAUGAGAAGUAUUUGCCACAGACGAAGACCGCUUCAUAUACCAGGUUUCAACAGUUAUUGAAAAAGACAAUGACCAAGAAUGUAACAAAUAGCCACAUUCGUCAAAAAAGCGCAAGCAAAUUGAGGGGUUCCAGAUCCUCUAGUGAAUCAAUUAAAUCAAAAUUUAAAAGUAGUAGAUCGCAAGAAGAUAUUUCGAAUUCAAGGUCAACUUCAGAGUCGGCAUUAAGCCCAACAAAAUCAGGUCCCUCCAAGACAGAUGAAAAGAAUUUUUUACAUUCCACGCAAACCCAUCAAAAGACUAAAAGUGCAAGUGCUUUAUACAGAAGAAGCUUUAUAUCUCUAAGAGGCUCAUCAUCAACUAAUGACUCCUCAAUAAAGUCGCCUUCAAAUAUCAAAUUAAGUAUACCGGCUCGGCCACAUUCAAUUAUUGAACCUAACAACACGCUCACCAAGUCAGCUAGCCCACCUGCGUCCCCUUCAUACCCUAGCAUUUUUAGAAGACACCACAAAAGUAGUUCAUCAGAAUCUUCACUAUUAAACUCUCUUUUUGGUACCGGAAUAGGCGAGGAACCAUCAACUAGGCCUAAUUCACAGGGCCAUAGCAUCUCUAGCGAAAACCUGGCUAAAGUGAAAACUAAACACUAUGAAACCAAUGUUUCCUCACCUUUAAAACAAUCUUCGUUACACACUUCAGAUGAUAAGGGAAAUUUAUGGAACAAAUUCAAAAGAAAAAGUCAAAUAGGAGCUCCAAGUUUAAACGCAGCUCCUCAUAUGGCUCUUCAGGCGACCCCAUCAUUAAAAUCAAGCUCAAGUACUACCACUUUAACCACACAAACCACACAAACCACACAAACCACACAAACCACACAAAUCAACGAAUUACCUGUACAGUCAUCAUCACCGUCACCGUCGCUAAUAUCCAAAAAUGUGAAUGAAAAUUUAGAGGCCAUGAGCACGGAAGGUGUAUAUGAACGCCCUUCAACAGCAGCACCUUCUAGAUUAGGUCCUGAUUAUUACAACUCAGACGAGGUAAUUCCACAGCCAGCAAAAAGUCAUCCUUAUAGUGUAAAAAACUUUUUGCUAGAACAAAAAUUUUAUCCUAUGAAGAAGACCACAUUUGGUGGUAGCGAUAAUAAGUAUGUCUUGGUUACUAAAGAUAACUGGCAUUUUGUUCCAGUAAAUUUACAGAAUGUGACAAGUUUAUAUAGUUUUAAGGAGUCUGCCCUCUCAAAACUGGGAAUAAGUCAUAAAAACGUCACGUUCCAUAUGACAGAUUUUGAUUGCGAAAUUGGAGCAGCUCUUCCUGAUGAUACUUUAGAAUUUUUAAAGAAAAGUCUAUUUCUGAACACAUCUGAAAAAAUCUAUGUCAAGGAUCAAACAAAACUUCUGCAGAAAUCGAAGUCUAUUGCUCAUAAUUCAGAAAACCAUGCUCCCUUAAAAUCCGUGAAAAGUAAAAGCUCAAUGAGAUCAGGAACAAGUAGUUUGAUAGCAUCAACUGAUGAUGUCUCCAUUGUCACAUCUUCAUCUGAUAUAACGUCGUUUGAUGAGCACGCCUCAGGUACCGGGCGUAGAUAUCCACAAACUCCAAGCUACUACUACGAUAGAGUUCCCAAUACGAGCACAAAUGAAGAGUUAAAUUACUGGAAUAUUAAGGAGGUUCUUUCUCACGAGGAAACUGCACCAAAAAUGGUAUUCAAAACAAGUCCAAAAUUGGAACUCAGCCUGCCAGACAAAGCAAACAAACUGAAAAUCCCAACGCCCAUCACAGAAAAUGAAAGUAAGAGUAGCUUCCAAGUACUAAGGAAAGACGAAGGGGCCGAAAUCGAUUUCAACCAUCGCAGAGAAUCGCCUUAUACAAAACCGGAAUUAGCACCGAAAAGAGAGGCUCCCAAACCUCCAACAAAUACUUCUCCUCAAAGGUCACUGCCUAGUUCUAAACAGAAUAAUACAAUGCGCCUAAUGAGGGCAAGUACAAAAAUUUCGAGAAGCAAACGAUCCAAACCCUUGCCACCUCAACUACUAUCAUCCCCUGUAGAGGCUAGUAGUUCGUCUCCUGAUUCCGUCACUUCUUCUUACACCCCUGCUUCAACACAUGUUUUAAUUCCCCAACCAUAUAAGGGUGCAAACGAUGCCAUGCGCAGAUUAAAAACAGAGCAAGACUCCACGAGCACAUCCCCAUCCUUGAAAAUGAAACAGAAAGUGAAUCGAUCAAAUUCAACGGUAUCUACUUCAAACUCAAUCUUCUAUUCCCCCUCACCUUUAUUAAAAAGAGGAAAUUCAAAAAGAGUUGUUUCUUCCACGUCUGCAGCCGACAUAUUUGAAGAAAAUGAUAUAACAUUCGCGGAUGCGCCGCCGUUAUCUGAGGACGAUGAUGAAAGUGAUAACAACGACUCUAGCUCCUCCGACGAUAUUAUAUGGUCCAAAAAGAAAAAUGGCAUCGAGGAUAAAGAAAGCAAAAAGGAUGAAAAAGAUGAUAAUGAUUCCACGCAUUCUGAUGAAAUAUUUUAUGAUUCUGAAAUGCAAGACACCGUAGAAAGAAAAAUGACUUUUAGACCAUCUCCAGAAGUUGUUUACCAGAAUUUGGAAAAAUUCUUUCCUAGGGCUAACCUCGAUAAGCCAAUAACUGAAGGAAUAGCCUCCCCUACGUCCCCAAAGUCUUUAGACAGUUUACUUUCCACAAAGAGCGUAACCUCACCCAGAACUGAUCCGAGCACGCCUUCUCGUCCUAUACCUCCAGAUAUCCUCAACAAUUCGUAUGAGCUAAUCCAGGAUAGUAUUAGCAAUAGAAAUAAAUCAUUGAAUCAAACUAAAGCUCCUAAAAGGACAAAAACUAUAAGAACAAUUGCUCAUGAAGCUAGCCUAGCGAGGAAAAAAUCUGUUAAAUUAAAAAGACAGAAUACUAAAAUGUGGGGUACAAGAAUGGUUGAAGUGACCGAGAACCAUAUGGUAUCAAUUAAUAAAGCAAAGAAUUCAAAGGGUGAAUAUAAAGAGUUUGCUUGGAUGAAAGGUGAGAUGAUAGGGAAGGGAUCUUUCGGUGCUGUUUAUUUAUGUUUAAACGUUACUACAGGUGAAAUGAUGGCUGUUAAACAGGUUGAAGUUCCCAAAUAUAGCUCUCAAAAUGAAGCUAUUUUAAGCACUGUGGAAGCACUAAGAUCUGAAGUUUCCACUUUAAAAGAUUUGGACCAUUUGAAUAUUGUUCAAUAUCUAGGUUUUGAAAAUAAAAAUAGUAUCUACAGUUUAUUUCUAGAAUAUGUUGCAGGUGGGUCUGUGGGAUCUUUAAUUAGAAUGUAUGGAAGGUUUGAUGAACCAUUAAUCAAACAUUUGACAACACAAGUGUUGGAAGGUCUGGCAUAUUUGCACUCUAAAGGUAUUCUUCACAGAGACAUGAAAGCGGACAAUUUGCUUUUGGAUCAAGACGGUAUCUGUAAAAUCAGCGAUUUUGGUAUUUCAAGAAAAUCUAAGGAUAUAUACUCUAAUUCAGACAUGACCAUGCGAGGGACCGUCUUCUGGAUGGCUCCAGAAAUGGUUGACACAAAGCAAGGCUACAGUGCGAAAGUUGAUAUAUGGUCUUUGGGAUGCAUAGUUCUAGAAAUGUUUGCUGGUAAGCGUCCAUGGUCGAACCUAGAAGUUGUUGCUGCAAUGUUCAAAAUUGGGAAGUCCAAAUCUGCUCCGCCAAUCCCUGAGGAUACUUUACCAUUAAUAACACAUGUUGGACGAAGCUUUUUAGACGCUUGUUUUGAGAUUGAUCCAGAGAAAAGGCCCACCGCGACUAAACUUUUGUCGCAUAAAUUCAGUGAAGUAGAUGUAACAUUUGAUUUUAAAUCAACCAGGCUAGCGAAGUUUAUAAAGUCAAAUGAUAAACUAAACUCUUCAAAAUUGAGAAUAACCUCUCAGGAAAAUAAAACUGCAUAG